GAAUGCUACAAUGUUUGACGGAGUAUAAGAUAAUUGUCGCAAUGUAGAGAUAAAUACAAAGCAUUUAGCAAUUAUUUUCUCUUAAUGAAUAGAAUUAAAAGUACAAGGCUAUAUUCAACUUUUAAUUAUUGCAGUGAAGAAUAGAUUUCCGUAAGUCUUUCUAUGUUUCCAUUAAAAUAGAAUACAAAACUUCAUAAAAUUGAUAUCUUCGUCAUGGCUCGACGAUUCUUAAGUUUUGAUACCUACAAUGAUCACAGGGCAAAUAUGUCAGAGAAAUAAAAUGAAGGGAGAGAAAUGUCACCCUUCGUCAUAUGACUGCUCUCAAUAUAUUAUUAAUAGACAGGAAGAAAUAUAAGAGAAUAAUAAACGGAAUAAUAAAUUUUAUAAUUUGUAAAGUUAAGAGUUAUUAAAUUGGAGAACAAAGUCACUCAUUUUCACUUAUAAAGGGAAAAGCGAUAGUAGUACGUAAAACAGGAGUAUUACUGAAAGCACGAACAAUUGAAGUUUUCAUUCUCGCAGCAUUUGCCAAGAUAUUUCCUUUUUAUUACACGACAUGAAGAGAAUGGACUUUGAAAGCAUGAAUCUUUUAAACAGUCGAGUGAACGUACUCUCGGGAAAUUUACUACCGAUUGCAGGCAAUAAUUCGCAGUUUUCAGUAAUCUGCCGCGUUCACAGCAUCUUCGUGUGGUUAACACAAAUAAUUCUCACGAUUGCGUUGAUCUCUGGAUUUAUCUUAACACCUAAAGAGAAGGCUUUGAAAGACGGCAUGGUGUGUAUCGUGGUUCUCAUAGAGGCGUCUUUCAUGCUUUCACGUUUUUAUUCACGCCAAACGUUGAUAAGGGAAAUGAUCGAAAAAAUGAAUAAUAUCUUACAAAAUGCGGAUGAAAUUAUGGCGGAUAUCGCAAAGGCGGCUAUAAAACCCAUAAUAAUGCCUUUUACAAUCUAUGGAGUGACCAGCGGGUUAUCUAUCACAAUAUGGACUAUACAGCCAGUUCUAUUAGUUUUUGAGAAGUCCACUUUUUUCUACGUGGAUUACAAUUUGCCAACGGCUUUUACCACCGAGCCGUUUUCCAGUCGUGUUCUGAUUUUCUCGACUAUUAUUAUGACACUUGGCAGUGUUUAUUUGUUUCUUAAAAAGUUUGGCGUGGACGUGUACAUGAUGCAUUUGGUAUUGAUGUUAACGGCGCAAUAUCGCUAUACGGCGGCAAAGCUCAUGAUCCUAUUUCAGGAUUUACAAAAUUCUAGUCACGACAAAUCUCAAGACAAACGUCAUUUAGUAGAAGAUCAAUGGAUAGAAAAAGAACUAAAAAAGAUAUGUCAGCACCAGAAUACUAUUUUACACAUGUCAUUUAUAUUAAAGAAGCUUCUGUCUGUAAACUUCAGUCUACUUUAUAUCAAUAAUGUAUUUCGAUUCUGUUUUAUAGGUAUUUUACUAAUUUCAAUACCAUCAUUGUCACUUGCAGAAGGAAUAUCGGUUAUGUCGUUCGCAACAGGUUCACUAAUGCAAUUCUUUUUGUUGUGUUAUUCCGUCCAAACAUUGUCAGACGCAAGUACCAAAAUAACAGAUAAAGCCUUUGAUGAAGGCUGGUAUCAAUUUGGGUCACCAACGAAACGUACAUUUCUUUUAUUAAUAAUGGCUAAUAAUCUAGAAUGUAAAAUUGCAGCUAUUGGAAAGUUUAAUCUGUCCUUACCUUCAUUUAUGACGAUUAUGAACCAAUCAUAUUCAAUUGCUCUUCUGGUUUUAAGAGCGAAAUAAUGUAUAACGCACAUUUAAUUUUGGUAAAAAUAAGGUACAGGAUGAUUGUAUUUGAGACAAAGAAAAUUAUGGUAAAUAUUUUAAAGUGAAAAUGUAACCAAAUUUGUUUCGCAUAAUAAUCUAACAAUUACAUAUUAUAACAAUUUAUGAACUGAUGUAUGGAAUACAUGGAAAUAUUUCUUAGAAAUUCAAUUUUUGUCUCUUGAAAUCCUCUUGCUUACUAUUUUCGAUGCUAAAAAUAACUAAAUUUAAAGAUAAUUUAUGUUUAUAUUAUAAUAUCUGCAAUAUUCUCUUACUUCAGUAAAAAAUCAGCGCAUAUAAUUUUUAUUGUGACAAAAAAUAUAUGUGUUUAUAUAAUAUC